AUGGGUCGAGUAAUUCGAGCACAGCGUAAAGGUGGUUCGGCCAUAUUUCGCGCUCGUACUUUCCAUCGAAAAGGUCCAGCUAAAUUAAGAUCUUUAGAUUAUGCAGAACGACAGGGUUAUUUACGUGGUGUUAUUAAAGAUAUUAUUCAUGAUCCGGGUCGUGGUGCUCCACUUGCUGUUGUACACUUCCGUGAUCCAUAUCGUUAUAAAAAACGAAAAGAAUUAUUAGUUGCUGCCGAAGGCAUGUAUACCGGUCAAUUUAUUUAUUGUGGAAAAAAAGCUGCUUUAACAAUUGGCAAUGUUAUGCCAUUAGGACAAAUGCCUGAAGGUACAAUUAUUUGUCAAAUUGAACAAAAAACUGGUGAUCGUGGAAAAUUAGCUAAAGCAUCGGGUAAUUAUGCAACAAUUGUUUCACAUAAUCCAGAAGGUGGUAAAACAAAAGUUAAAUUACCAUCAGGUGCAAAAAAAACUUUAUCAUCAACAAAUCGUGCCAUGGUUGGUAUUGUUGCCGGUGGUGGUCGUAUUGAUAAACCAAUUUUGAAAGCUGGUCGUUCGUAUCAUAAAUUUAAAGCUAAACGAAAAUCAUGGCCUAAAGUUCGUGGUGUUGCUAUGAAUCCUGUUGACCAUCCAUUCGGUGGUGGUAACCAUCAACACAUUGGUAAACCAUCAACAGUUAGUCGUUAUGCACCACCUGGUAGAAAAGUUGGUCUUAUUGCUGCUCGACGAACUGGUCGUAUACGUGGUACAACACAAGAGAAAAAAGAUGAUUAA